AUGGCUAGCGGUAGACAGAGACUUAGGAACCUUACGCCUAGAAACUCUUACGCGAGUAACUUUCUUCCACAGUCGGAUCUAUCGGCUUCUACUUCCGGCACUGCAUCCGGCCAAGAGAAUGUGCGUGAUAGCCAAUAUGCCGAUCCGUAUGUGCCUCCACAGGCAUAUGACCCUGAAGCUUACUAUCUGCGGUUCGAUGACCCUGCUCAAUUCUUUCCCCAGUACGAUGAGCCUCCACAGCAGCCUCGGAAUGAGCAGCAUCAUCCUCCACACCAUCCUCAGCAGCAGUCCACCGCACCCGAAGCAGCUCCGGCUCCUGCAGCAGCUCCGGCUCCUGCAGCAGCUCCGGCUCCUGCAGCAGCUCCGGCUCCUGCAGCAGCUCCGGCUCCCGCAGCUGCUCCGGCUCCGGCUCCCGCAGCUGCUCCGGCUCCGGCUCCCGCAGCUGCUCCGGCUCCCGCAGCUGCUCCGGCUCCUGCAUUUGUUCAUCCAGAUUUGAUGGUGCCACCGAAUGCACCAUAUGCAAGAUAUACAGUGGAAGACCUUCUCCAGAUGCCGGGACGAGAAGGUUUACGAAUCAUCAACCCAGAACGACCACCCCACACUUACUGGUUUUCGACGGACAAUUGUGUGGGACAGAGCGUUGGAGAUAUCAUCAGGACAAACUUCCGGGAAGCGCAUCCGAACUGGUCUCUUACACCUGACCACGUUUGGAGGACUUUGGUUUUCUAUAUCCAUCAAUCCCAAAUGUAG